AUUACAUGGCGUAGAGUGAAGGAAGGGGGCAUAGGAUUGGGGGGAGGCAGGGCUGGAGUGCUGACACAGGCUCUAGCCAGGAGGUGUGUACGUGGGUGGGCUCCCGGCCAGCCUUCCAAGCUCCUGCACGCCGCUCAGAGCCAUGUGUAUUGCUCUGAAUACUGCAAGCCCAGGGGAGUAGUACUUCACAUGUAGCCUGUCCUGCAAACAGCUCCCAUUGACCAGAAACAUGGCAGCUAUGAGAUUGUGCUGGAGAAGGGGGCAGUGCAUGAAACCUCUGCCUGUGCUCACAGCAUUCAGAGAAACACACAGGGCAAUUUGUCGGAGCAGGGCAGGCAGGGUUGAGGCUCCUGCUGGCCCGCAGGCCAGAUCCAGCCUGCAGGCUGUAUUUUGCCUGCCCCUGCCUUAAACCCUGUCUUUUUGAGCACUAAGCACUAAGGUCUCCUCCAGCAAAGCUCACAGCAGGGCCACAGCCAGUUGCAGAAGGUACGGACACUGAGGUCAGCUCUGAGAAGACUCAGCUUAUGGGACUUACUAUGGUACCCAGUUGUCCAUUCCCCUUUGCAUAUAAACCCAAAGUUAUAUGACAUUUCCCUCCUUCCUUAAUGUGAAAGAAGGUAUAUCAGCCUCUCCCAUUCCCCCCUAGAAAUUACAUAAAUUGGGUUACAUUCAUUAUAACAAAAAUAUGUUUAUUAACUAAGAAGACAUGUAUUUUAAGCAGUUAAAGAAGUGGCAAACAGAACAAAGCAAUUACUAAAAAUAUAAUGCAAAAUGCAUAAUCUAAACUAGAUUUACUACAAAUUUGGUUACGGAUAAUAAUUUCUCACCCAAAAUAGUUUUUCAGGUAAAGUCUUUCAGUCAGAGGUGUUCUUUCUGGCCUGUGGCCAGCAAUUCUCUCCUCCCCCCCACUCUCUUACACUUUUAUUUCCAGAUUUCCAGGUUUCUCUUUGGGGUGGGGAGGCAGAAGUAAAACAAGCUGAAGACAAUCACUGUUUUCUUUUUUUCCUUACAUAAAAUUUCCAUAAGUCAGGGAAACCUUUGAUUCUCCCACCUCCUUUUGGAACAGUUCAUAAGAACAAGGAGUUGGUUAGUGUCAGGUGAAGCAUUAUAGACUCUCUUCCCAGGAAGGCCAAGCCUUUUUACUUUCCAGUGUAGUAGCUGAUGAGCCAUCAAGUCCAUUGUAGCCCCUGAUGUGGCAAUAGUGGGAAUGACCCAGAGCAGCAAAUAUGAAGUCUAGAUACACAGGUCAAUAUUCUUAACUUCAUCUACAAAAAUAAUACCUGCAUACAUAUGGGAUAAUCAUAUUCAGUAAAUCAUAACCCUUCCAGUGAUAUCUUACAUGAACCAUCUUGCAUAAAGCAUAUUUCAGUUCUCAUUCUUAUAAUAAACAUUUUCUUAACACAUAUGGAAUGUCAUCUCACAAUAUGUGUCAUAGAGUCAUUAAUUUUUAGCAGAGCUUUUUUCAGUAGGUCAAGAAUAUCUCUUUCAUGCCAAGGGCUUCAUUGUUGCUAGUUACUCACUGGGCCUAUCAGUUUGGCUUUUGUCCAUUCUGUUACUGUUUACUUGGCACUCACGUUAAUACAAAGCAGGGUGGGAAUUGAUAGUAUAUAAUUACCCACCAGCUAGAGAGGAUUACAUUUGGUGUCUGUCAUAGCCUGACUGUCAUUUCUGCUAAAAGGUUCUGGUAUCUAAUCAGUCCUUGGGUUUCAGGAUAUGAAGACUUCCAGAAUGAUUUACACAGGCAUCAAUUAUGCAAUCUUUAUAUGAGAACACUGAAGUGUGGUGGAAAAUAAAAGAUAAUUAGAGUGGAGCUCUGAGCUGAUUCAAAUGCACAAUUGAAAUGGCUAUCAGAACAAACUCAUCUGAGUAUUAUUUGUCUUAUGAAUAUUACUGGGACUAUUUGGAUCCAGUACCUAUAGAUGAAAGGAAGUUGAAGGCUAAUAAAUAUUCAAUUGUCAUCGCCUUUUGGGUUGGACUUGCUGCAUUUGUAUUGUUUCUGUUCCUUAUAUUGCUCUAUAUGUCUCGAUCUGGUUCAACACCAGUCAAACAGGUGCCUGCAGGUAACAGGAUAGAACAUCUGGAAGGAGGAAGCUCCAAUGCUGAGCGGCUGCAUUGUCAUGAUCUCAGCAGUCCGGACUCAGACUUGAUCUCUACUGAAAUACUCCAUUCCCUUUCAGAUAAAAUUGGCAUUCAUGGAAGUAUCUCUGCUUGAGUUAGAACAGUCUGGAAAUGGAUUCCUCAAAAGCCAGUCUUAGUAAUUCUGGCAGAGACAAGACACAAGAAUCUCCUUGUAACCUGCUAACAACUGUGUAAAAUUAAAUUGAAUUAGCCCUGAGAGUGAGAACAAAAAUAAUUAAAAAAAUUAAGGCUAAAAUAUUCAAACCUAGCUGCCUAAUGAUCAAAGCUUCUCAAGCCAUUCUCAAGCCUAGACUUGCUGAUUAUCAGAGGUGCUGAAUAAUCCUAGAUCUUGCAAAUGUUUACCAUUGUAUAAUUACUCAUCUAAUAAAAGUAAGAAUAACUUAAAAAUAACCAGGGACAGAUUCUGUUCUCAGUUACAUGGGAGCUGUACAUUGAGCAACUUUUCUGUUGUGUGAAGCCUGAUUUGUCUUGUAUACCCAAAGUUUCAUGUCACUUAAACUAUUUGCUUACAACAUCAGACAUAAAAAUUCAAGUGUCACAACACUCCAUUACUGAAAAAUUGCUGAGUUUCUCAUUUUUACCAUACAAUUAUAAAAUAAAUCAAUUGGAAUAUAAAUAUUGUACUCACUUUUUUCAGUGUAUAGAAUAGUACAAUAUAAACAAAUCGUAUGAAAUGUCAGUUUGUAUUGACUUCACUAGUUCUUUUCAUGAAGCCUGUAGUAAAAUGAGGCAAAUAUGUAGAUGAGUUGCUUACCCCCUGGUAAAUAUCUGUAUACCCCUCAUUGAGAGCCAUUGCUACCAAAAAUCUGGUAUAGAUUCAACCCUGCAAAACAUUAUGUAUUGUGCUUACCUUUUAUGCACUAGAUAUUGUCUUCAGUUGGACUGUUCAUGUUCAUGGAGACAAAAAUAAAAUGUGUAAAUCUUUGCAGGCUCAGGAUCAUAGCUUUUUGUUUUUAAUUG